AUGAGUGAAAAUAGUCCUCUCACAACAUACCAAUCUGUUCGUUAUCUCGAUAAAAUUGUUCAAAUUGAAACAUGUAAUCUCCAUGGCAUCGAAUGUCUUCGUUUGGAUGACGUCCGCUUACGCUUCCCUAAGGUCACAUGUCUAUACAUCGAUGACAAACAACAAUCAUUUCUUCACGAUGAAAACGGUCAUCGACUCGAACCAUUACGCAUUAAAGCUUGCAUCGAUGAAGUCAUGGAAGCUUUUGAACCUGAGGAAAAUCAUAGUCAAUGUUUACAAAUCGAACAUAUCCAAGAAAUGCAAAGAGCUCUUGUUCUUAUGAACAAUAGCACGCAGGAGAAAAUCAAACAAGCAAUGACAUUAAUGUACGAACUAAAUGAAUACACAACUCCACAAUAUUUCUACGUUUUACCAGUAAAGAACAAUAAUCAGAGUAUGCUGAGUUCAAUAACCAAUUACUUUCAACUGGAAUAUAAAUUAUAUUUUCUAUGCGACUGUUCUGACGAUCCAAACGAACGACAUCCAGCUCCACAUGACGGUUAUGUGAUAAAAGAGCCGACAAAAUUUAUUGCUGACUACGGCAUACACAUACGGAGAACAUUGAAUAUUAUUAAAACUGCACUUCCGAUUGUCGGCCGUAUUGUUGAUAUGCAUGUACAUAACGCACCAGCAUUAAUAUCCGAUGCUGCUAGGUCGUUGGACACGUUCACUCUGGUCACGAAAAUCAAUGAAGCUGCAAAUUUAUUAAAUCAAGUGGAAGAAACGUCAGUGACUCCAAACACAUCGAGUGAACUGAAAACGAUGAGUAAUUGUUUGCCAUUACACGGUGCACCAUUACGAGAGCUAGUCAAUUAUUUAGAAGGUGUGGAUAAUAAAAAUACUCUCGGAAAUUUGUACAAAAAAGUAACUGAUGAUGGACAUGUUCGAUGGGUGUGUUUAGAACACUAUGAUACUGAUUAUCACAAACAACGAAUGUGUCAAUACGCUCAACAAUUGAAGAACUUUGGAGGAACAUUUGAUGAAAACACGAAAGAAGUUCGAAUAACAAGUGACAACCAAACACCUUUAGAAGUUCUCAAGUUGAUUAAUUUAUUGAAAAAUGGUCUGAAAAUACCAAAACUGAUGAUUGAAAAAUGUUGUAUAAAAGAAGCAGACUUAAAUCAAUUGUUGGAUGUUUGUAUCAAUCAAUCAGCAAUUCACUUGGUUUUUACUGAUGUGCAAGUAUUAAACCGGUUUACUUCAAAUUAUAUUUGUAAUUCGAUAUCAAUCUCUGUUCGAGAAGACUCCUUGGAAGUUUAUUUACCCAAUCGGUACACAAAUGGCGAUAUGAAAACCGUCAUUCAAGUUUUAUCACAGAACAAAAAUCGACGAAUAAUCAAAGUUCGUGGUAUCGAUGGAUCCUUCGAUUACGAAAACGAUUUUACUGAAAAACUCGAGAAAAAAUCGACAAUUCUAAUUGCAGAUCAUUUGAAUAAUAUUGAAAUACUCAAUGAGCUCUUUUCUGCAGCAGUUUCCUUCACUCACGUCAAACUCAAUUACUGUUAUGGUUCGGUGAGAAACUUUAUACGUCUUUGCGAAUUAUUAUCAAAGCACGAAACGCUGAUCGAACUUGAUCUAGUCAACCCCACCGGUUUUGAUGAUGAACACGUUCUUGGUAAACUCUGCAAAUCGUUUAGCAAUCACAAAGCAUUGAAAACGUUGAACCUGUGUAUUUCAAAUAUAUAUAUCGUGGAAAAAAAUUGCAAAGAACGUAAUUUAAUUGAUUUGAUAACGAAAAAUCCUUUUGUUAAACGUCUGCUUCUCUUCGAUUCGAUCGUGACAGCUGAUUUUGCAAAAGCAAUUAUUGACAAAGUGAACAACUCGGGAUCAUUGAAAUCUCUCGAGCUCUACAACUGUCAAAUAGACGAGCAAAUUCGAUCAAGGCUGGAAGAGUUAUGGAUUGCUAAUAAACUCAAUCUCAUUUUUGAGAGCAGACAAUAUUAUUGCGCAGUAGCAGAGAAAAUACGCGAAGUUCUUGAUCAAGGUAAAGUAUUUGACCAAGAAGAGGAUCUCGACGUCAUUGAUGAUCAUUUGAAUUUCAAUGGGAAAGAAUUGGGGGAUAAAGAUCUGAUCAUUUUAUCAAAAAAUUCAAAUCGUGUCAAACAAUGUAAACGAAUUUCAUUGUCUAACAAUCAAAUCACAUCAUUUGGAAUUGUUCUCUUAACCGAGAUUUUAUUUGACCAUCCUUUUCUAGAACAACUAGAUUUGAGUUCGAACAACUUGUGUGACGGCGGUGUUUAUCUAUUGACUAAGAUAUUAUCGAUCAAUCAUAAAACGAAACUUCAAUCAAUUUGCCUAAAAUCAAAUGGAAUUACUGACGAAGGAAUUAAAUAUUUGGGUCAAAUGUUAAACACGAACAAGACAGUGAGGCACUUGGAUUUAUCGAAUAACUUCAUAACGAACAAUGGAGUGCAAACAUUAACGCAGAUAAUUGGUGACAAGAAAACGGAUUUCAAUCAUCCUCGAGGUGCUCGCGUUUGUCAAUCUAUCAAAAAUAAUGAAAAGCAACAUUAUCUGAAGAGUAAAACUUGA